CUGAAAACUAGUGAACAAGGUCAAACAAAAGCCCAAUAAGAGACAUAUCUAACUCCAAAACCCUCAGAGAGCAUCAACAGCUAAACCCUGAAAUCUCCAUUUCUUCCUAUCCUUCCUCUGUUCGCGUUCGUCGCACAAAUCCGCAAAGGUGGAUAAAGUUUGCAUCUUUAUAUUUGCUCAAUGGCUUUUGAUCAAAAGCUCAAGAAAAGGCUGAAGCUUUCAUCUCUCAAUUCUAAUUCUUCUUACAAAGGAAGUAAUAGAUCCAGUACUCGCAGAAGUGAUGAUGAUGACACAACCCCUCGGAAUAGUAGUAAAGCUAAGGUCUCGUAUGUGAAGAAGAAGAGGGUCUACGCCACUAAGGCUGAGCUCACUGAGCAUAGCCAUGUGAACGAAGUUCCACGCACCAUGUGGGCUGCUUCAAAGACAAAGCAAAGGUCUAGUUCUAGUUUAAAGACCACUAAUGAUGCUGCAAAAACGACAAGAGGGAUGUUGAAAACAAAGUCACCGAGGGGAGAUGAUGGAAAGCAUGAUACUCCUCGAAAGCAAAGUUAUCGGAAGAGAGAUGAUUUGGAUAAAAAUGGGGAUGUGAGCCGGAGGAGAAGCUCUGAUGUGCCUUCUUAUAAGGCUAAGAAGCAGGCGUUUGCAGAGAAGAAAGUGUUGGACGAUGGUUUAGAUGGUCAGGAGGAUCAGCCAAGGAAGAGAAAGAGGAUACGGCUUGAUCCCUAUGAUACCUCGAAUAAGAGAAUAGAUGAUGAUGUCAUUCUUGAUGUAAGCCAUAAAGAAAAGAAGAAGAACGAUAAAGAGAAGAAGAGUGUAGAAAUGUCGCAAAAUGCACAGUUUCGUGCAAUUCAGCCUAGUCAGUCGAUCCUUUCCUAUGUGGAAGAAAAUCUGCUGGGGCGUAGACGCUUGACUGAACUAAAGAAGGCUGGCUACAACACAGAGCUUCCUGCUCCGUUAGAUAAUAUCCCUCAGUCUACCAGCACAGAGAGAGAGCGUAUAGAAGAAAGUCUAUUUAGGAAUAAGUUGGAAUUCUUUGCUGCAGCAAAUGUUUCAUCGUCAUUUCCACCUCCUGAUGUACCUGAGAUUGCAUUUGCAGGAAGGUCAAAUGUUGGCAAAUCGUCGCUGCUAAAUGCUCUUACCAGACAGUGGGGUGUUGUAAGGACAUCUGACAAACCAGGACUGACUCAGACCAUCAAUUUUUUCGACCUCGGUCCGAAGGUUCGCCUUGUUGACUUACCAGGCUACGGCUUUGCCUAUGCAAAAGAUGAAGUUAAGGAAGCUUGGGAAGAUCUUGUAAAGGAAUAUGUCUCAACAAGAAGUAGUCUUAAAAGGGUAUGCCUUCUUGUUGACACCAAAUGGGGCAUGAAGCCAAGAGACCAGGAGCUUAUUAAUCUGAUGGAGAGAUCGAAUACAAAGUAUCAGAUAGUCUUAACCAAGACAGAUGUUGUUUUUCCAAUGGAUGUGGCACGUCGAGCAAUGCAAAUCGAAGAGAAGUUGAAGGCAAACAGAUCAAUUGUCCAGCCUCUGAUGAUGGUGAGCUCAAGAUCAGGAGCUGGCAUAGGAAGCUUAAGAACUGCCCUUGCUAAAAUUGCCAAGUUUGCAAAGUUCUAAGUUCUCAAAACAAGAAAACAAUCCCCAAAGCCAGAGGCAAAGAAGAAUACUUUUGAUGGCAGAAAUGAUUGUGAGGAAGUCAAAAUGAUAGGAUAAAGAGGAAGAAUGGUGAAUGGUGAAUGGUGUGAUGAAGAUCCAACUAAAGUUAGUGAAAAAUGUCAACAAAUCACUCUGGUUUAUUUCUAUUUGUUUACUAUCUACUUGUAAUGUCAUAUGCAUCUUUCACUAAGAGAACAAUUAGCAUAAACGUGGUGUCUCACGUUCUUACA